UCGUUGCGGAGGAAGAGCUGAGCGUUGCUGCACCGGGAACUGCAGGCAAGACCCCGCCUCAGGUGCCAGGGGUCCCCCCACCUUCCACAUUUGGAAGCGCCCUCGAAAGUGUAUCGAAGGAUAUCCAGCCGUGGACAACAUCGCCGUCAAGGUCCUCAACCCUCCCUCAAGCCCGGACGAGAUGGAUGCUACCAAGACCACCUGGGUGACGCUGGAGACGAACCGAAACUUAUACUCUUUUCUCCCCACAGAUGCCAUUCAUCAAAAAUAUCAAGUCGGACGCCUACUUCUCUCGUUUCCAGGUCAAGUACCGCCGUCGGAGGGAGGGAAAGACUGAUUACUAUGCCCGCAAGAGGCUCGUGACCCAGGCGAAGAACAAGUACAACGCUCCUAAAUACCGCCUCGUCGUUCGUUUCACCAACAAGGAGGUUAUCGUCCAGAUUGUCUACGCCCGUCUGCAGGGCGACUUCGUUCUUGUCGCUGCUCGCUCACGAGAGCUUCCGCGAUAUGGAAUCAACCACGGUCUCACCAACUGGACGGCCGCUUACGCGACCGGUCUCCUUGCCGCGCGCCGUGCUUUGACCAAGCUAGGCCUUGCUGAUAAGUACGAGGGUGUUGCGGAACCAGACGGCACAAUUAGUCUGACUGAGACCCUCGAUGAUGAGGAUGCGCCUCGACCCUUCAAGUGUUACCUUGACGUUGGUCUCAAGCGCACGUCCACUGGUUCCCGUGUGUUCGGUGCUCUCAAGGGUGCCAGCGAUGGUGGUCUCUACAUUCCUCACAACGAGAAGCGUUUCCCAGGAUACGACCCAGAGUCCAAGGAGUUGGAUGCUGAGGUCCUCAAAAAGUACAUUUACGGUGGCCAUGUCGCUGAGUACAUGGAGUCGUUGGAGGAGGAGGAUGACGAGCGGUUCAAGAAGCAAUUCUCAACGUACCUCGCUGAUGGUGUUGGCUCUGAGGAUAUUGAGGAGAUCUUCACCAACGCCUACGCUGCUAUCCGGGAAGACCCCACGUUCAAGCCGACGGAGAAGACCAAAGAUUGGAAGGCAGAGACCAAGAAGUAUUCUACCACCCGUCUUACCCUGGCACAGCGCAAGGAGCGCAUUGCCGUCAAGAUCGCCGCCUUCAAGGCAUCUGGUGGUGGUGGUGCUGCCGCCGAGGAGGAGGAGGAGGAAGAGGAGGACGAGUAGACGACUUUUCCUUCACGUGGAUUGUUUUAUGUAUUCCCUGCGCAUUCACCACUGCAUAUGAUCUAAAACUCAGGCUAUGUCUAUGCCAUGCUGCAUCCUUGCUUUGCCCUCCGGCAGUCAUUGUCUAUGAGUCGGUUCAUUUCAAGUAUUGCAAUAUCAUUAUCAUAAAUGUCUCAAUAUAUGCAGGUAAGUACAGUAGUGAAUAUCAAGGUCACGUAUGGGGAAGGGCCGCGUGAAUGAUAUCUCUCGCCCAGUCCAACAGUGGUCUUUGUGCUUUCUCCGAAUUAUAUGAUUCUGUUACUUCUGAUAUAUUUUUGCUUGGCCCAGUCGAGCGACUCAAGAACGCCGCGGUGCAGUGAACUGCACCAACGCCCAAGGAUGAUAUUUCGAAGUUA